GACGAGACAGCAGAUUAUUGUUUGGCUGGCUGUAUGCCAUUCGAGUGAAUAACGAGCACUGGUCCGAAAGAGGAAAUAAAUAAGCCAUUGUUAGAGCAUAGGAGGAAAUAAUCAGCUAUAGCAUAAACAAACCAUUAGCACUAGGUAAUACUGUCACACUUGUCCUGUCACCCGAACAGAUCAAGCGAAAAAAAGAUGUUGCAUUUGACUUUGUGCUGCAGUGCAGCUUUACUGGUUACCAUCGCCUCCUUCCCCGGGGUGUGGGGUAGGGAGCCAGAGGAGAGUGGGGUGCAUGUCGACACCAGCAAGGCUCUCUUUUUAAGGGACAGACGCGAUAUAGCAACACAAAAAGGGAUUCAUAAAGUCGGACGAGACACCAUUGUCGACAUCAUCUCUGAGAAGACAUCGUCAUCAUCAUCGGUUGUACAUGCCGGUGGUGAGAGGGGGAGGGGACGGAGGAGCGGUGAUGAUGCGGGGCAGAGUAGGAGCAGGCGAGCAGUGACAACCAGUUACAGCUCAUCAGAUGCAGAUGCUAUCGUUGCUACGCACAACGACGGGAGGGGUAGAGUGACACCAGAAGCUGCUAACAUGAAAACUAUGGAGUGGGAUGACACCCUUGCCUCGAUGGCGCAGGAAUGGUCGGACGGCUGCCUCUACGAGCAUGGCAACCCAGCCAACACCUCACCCUUCCCUGCUGUGGGCCAGAACCUCUACAUCCGCUAUGGUCUCGCCGCCCCGGGGACCCCUGAGGACGGGACCCGGGCCACCGAGGCCUGGUACAAUGAGGACAUAUACUACAACUAUGAAGAUAUGACAUGUCAAUCCGGGGAGCAGUGUGGGCACUACACACAGAAUGUAUGGGCAUCGACGUACGCAGUGGGUUGUGGACAAACGUUCUGCGCCGAGGCAAGAGAUAACGAUGGCAGAACAUUCACUAAUGCAUGGCUCGUUACUUGUAACUAUGGUCCUGCGGGGAACUACGUGGGCUCAUCCCCUUACGUGAGCGGACCGUCCUGUACCAAAUGCGAAGGUGGAAGUGGUUUAUGCAAGGACAACCUAUGCAGUGAUUGUUCACCCACAGAAACGGAAUGUGAAUGCAGAGCCGAAUGCCAAAACUGUGGGACACUGAAUGAUGACUGUACAUGCACGUGUAAAGAUGGCUGGUUUGGUUCUGAUUGCGCAACUUAUUGUGAAGACACUCAUGAGAACUGUGGAGCUAGUCCCGGAUGGCCCCUCAGCUGGUGUGAUAGGAGUUACGUCAUCAACGGAUGCCCGGCCUUUUGCUCUAUGUGCAAUGCAGAGAACCCCGAUUUUGUGUGUAUCGAGGCUACAACAUCGAUACCUAUUGCUGCCACCACGACUGCUGCCAGUGAUUGCUCUAUUUCAAACUGUCUGCAUGAUUCGGCUUUUGAAGAAGAAAUGUGUAGAUGCAACUGUACCAGAAGUUAUUAUGGAAACAUUUGUCAGCAUGCAGCUACUGCAAAACAGAAUGGAGUUCUCAUUCUUCUAAAUGAAGACAUAAAUGAUUGGAAUUCCAUUCAAGCCGAUGUACUGAAUGCCCUGAAGACAAGCGUUAUCGAGUACUGCAGUACCCGACAAUCAACCUGCUGCCCAGCCGCCAAUAAUACUGUCGUCGACUUUUCUAGCACUGGUCUAACCCUUGGUGAUGAUUAUCCUGAGGAAAGUUUAGACUAUACAUCAGCAGCCUACUGGAUACAAGUGACCGGGAUCUCGCCCGUAGCUCCGGGAGUAUGUCGGGAAGAUGAUGGUGGCAUGCUUCUCGCUGAUGUCGUCCUUGCAGCUAUCAGACAAGAUUUGACAAGCCUUGAAUCAAGUCUUAGUAUUGACAUCGGUGAGACGAAGGGAAGCAGCGCGGUACAGCUAGUCUUUUCUCUUAACGUCAUUUUAUUCAACAUACUUCUCGUCCUCUUCCUCCAUCCAGACUUGUACUGAGAGCUACCGGUUUUAUCGACACACCAUUCCAAGAUAUUUUCUUUUUAAGUAAAAAUGGUUUCUUAAUUCAUAGACGCAAAUGGUAAAUGAUAGGGAUUUUUUCAAAAAAACAAAGGACUUUCGAGAACACUAAUUUCGUCUCAAAGUUAUUUUCUAAAUUGAUGAUUGGAAUUCGGUCUCUCUAGUGCAAUUUAAAUUCGUUUUAUUAUUAUCAUUAUCAUUUUACCUCCGAGAUGAAAUAUCAAAGCCAUUCCUAAUUCAGAUUGAUAUUUUAUCUAUUAUCUUGAGAAAAAAAAUCUUUGUCGGGUACUAAAAGAGAGAUCAUCUAUGAUUUAUAGGCGGUCCAGCAUUUUACAAUCAUAUUCCGUCCGGUCAUUAAAAACAGUUAUUUACGCACUCCAUAAUCUCCUGAAUGUUAAGGAAGUGAACAUGACUUGUUGCCAUUUUAUCAUUUAAAUAACGUAAAAAGGAAUUAUGCUCUAAAUUCUGCAAAUCCGAAUGUUUAUCAGCUUUAGGGUUUUUUAAACUUACAAACAGAAGAUGACAUAUCAAAUACAUACUUUACCAAUGUUAAGUGAAGAAUAGAUAUACAAAAUAAUUUCAGAACUGACAAAAUAAUAACUACUGAUUUUAUAUACUAUUUAUUAUCUUUUUGUCCUCAUUGGAAAACAAAUGACAGUGUCUUGGGAUUUAUAUUAUUAUUAUUUUUGGUUUAAUUUCAUCCGAUUAUAAUUGCUACUUUUAUACAAACGCUUUUUAUAUAUCAAUUAUGACUGAGAGUCGAUAAACGAACAGACUAACAAUGUAACAUGCCUGUUGCGUCGCAUGCUUAUAGCACAAUAUAACAAUUAUUGUUCAGUGACAUUUGAUGUCUUAUUUUGAAAAGGUAUUUUAUUUAUAUUUAUAUGAGUUCACAUUAUCGUAUAUAUUUAUUUUAUCUUUCAAAUCAUGUUACCGUCGAUAGAAAUGAGAUUAGUGUGUAAAUACCCGCGUUUAUAAAGAGCUUUUAAUUAAUUGCAAGUCUUAAUGAAUAUAUUAUAUUUGCACUUUAUCUAGUUAUAUUUCGACCAGUACUUCUAAAAUAUUUAAUACGUAAGUCUACACAGUCAUGCAAUAUUUGUACAAUCAUUGUGAUCUUGGAGCACAUUUAUGUAAAGCUUUGUAGAAAAGUGAAGUGUAUCUCGGCGUUUUAAAGUACACGUACUGUUUUUGUGUAAAGGUUAGCUGUCCCUCCGAUAAGUAAUGUCUUUAAGCAAGUAGAAAUUGGUUUCUAUUUUAUAAACCAUACGAUUUAUAUUUUGUUGUAUUCUUAUGCCAUAUACAUGUCAGAUUAAGUGAGCAUUUGUAAAGAAUGAAAUAGAUACUUUAUAUAAUAAACGAUGAUCAAAGCCGUGUUUUCAAUGUACUGAAUCACUAGUAAUUUAUCGGCUGAUAUGUCAACCGAGGUAUUACGAUGUUACAAGAACAACAUACAUGUAUCAGUCCAAUUAAUAUAAUACAGUUUUCUGGGCCCCGUUUCCUAAAACUUGUUAUCAAUAGCAACUGCCAUAGUUUAUGACUUUUUUCCUGAUCCCUGCCAAUCAAAUUAACGUAGGGAUUUCAGUAGCUUACAACACUUAUCGUGUCUUGUUAUUCGGAUAAUAUUUUUUUUAUAAAAAGGGGCCCUGAAAUUUCGUUAAAAUUAACGUUGAUUUUUUUUUAAAUCGUAUCACACUACAUUCCAAUGUAUACAGUAGUAUAAUCUUACUUUUUUUAGCAAGAUUUUAAAUCUGUUUGACUAAUGCAGAUCAAUGAUAUAAAUGGAUUGUUAUACAAUUGUAAUUAACUACUGUAGGUUGUAUAUAAUGAUGUCACUCUAAUGCGUUCUAUUUCGGAAUUAUUAAUCUUAUGUAUAUUUUAUACCCGUAAAUUACAUAUUGUAUCAUAACAAUAAAUUUAAAGGGGCACGUUCCCGCCAGUGUAGUUAUCAGAACAUGCCAUCUGCGUAAGAGCCGUAUUCUGUUGGUGUCAAUAUAGGCAGCUAUCGCGCCGUCCGCCAGCGCGUACGUAUUUUGAGCGCCCUCUGGAAUACGGGGAUCAUGCCCCUUUAAGAAGUAUUGUGUUUUCUCUGUAUAAAAAUUCUUGAUUGCCAGCAUGUACUCGAUGGAUACAAUCCAACUAAAGAGAGGUGUGAUAUAUGCUAACAUUCCAUGACAGAAAUGUGUAAUAAAUUAUGUUCAUUGCAGUGAUUAAAACAACUUAAAUACCAUUGCCCUGUUGUAAAUUACAUGAAUAAUGUAUGAAUGUUCUAAGAGAAAAUGAUUCCGAGUCAUUUCCAUUCCAGCGCAUUCGUAAAUAAAUGGAAACUGCGUAACCGUUUUGACAUCGA